AAAGUGCCCUUUGUUUUCUUUGCCUGUGGUCACUGCGCGCCCCGCCCCCACGGAGCCUGGGUCCGGAGCCCAACGGCGCCCGCUCCCGCUGGGGCAGAGGCAAGGGCGCGGGCUAGGGGCGCGGGCUAGGGGCGCGGGGCGCGCCCAGCUCCACCUCUGAGGCAGGCGCCGCUCCCGAGCGGUCUGGCCGCCCUGAGGGGCAGCAGAGCUCUCGGCUAAGCGUUUCCUGGCUGUGCUAACAGGCAAGCCUCGGAGCUCGGGUCGGGAUUGUCAUUUUUUGCUUCGAGACUUAGGUCAGUGGGAAAUAGUGUUUAUUAAGCGUUGACGUGCGCUUCUGUUGAGGUUUUAGUUACCUUUUCCCCCCUCCCGGUGCAGUCGGGAUUCGCUUACUAAUAAUAAUAAUAAAAAGAUCUUGGAAGGACCGAAGAAGAAAACACGCUGUGGAAAGGACUGGCUUCCUUGGAGGGACCUGGGAACAUGUACAAUAGUUAAAAAGCAAAUGAUUUUUAGAUUCCUGGCAUUCAUAACAGUAGACUUUGGCUACACCGCUCCUAUAUCAGAUCAAGUAUGAGUUGGAAUACAAAACCACAGAGGGCUUCAUUGCCACCCCAGUAUCGUAAAAUCCAGCCUGGUUUUUCACCACAGUAUGCAGCAAACCAACUUUCCACUACAUCUCAAAGUUCUUUCAGUUGUCUUCCAAGUAACCAAGAAGCCUGCAUGUAUCUCAGUAAUUCAAAUACAGUGUCACAGCCACUGCCAAAUGUCAGAAAUUACAAUGUUCCUCUUCAGAUCCCUGCCUCUAAUAUGCCUAACAGGACAGUGGUGGCCUCCCAGACUUUAGAAAGAACAGUAUACACAAAUACUAAAGGACCCAUGAAGCCAAAUCAUAAUUUGCAGGUGACUUCAGGAGUUGUACAAAACCUGAGGUGGAAGUCUUUGAUGAUGGAUUCUACACCUUCUCAAAUGGAGGCAACGGUAUCUCGUCAAAGUCACUUUGGAACUAAUCCAGCUAAUUCACAUGCACUGCAGAGUCAAUGUGCAGCAUCAGACACCUACUCUGUGCAAUUGCAGGUGACUCAGGAUUCUUCAAGAGUUCCUGUAGCUUUACAGAGAAGUCAAGGAUUGAACCAGUCAUUAUCAAAUCAGCAGGUUGAUUGGGCCCAACAGCAUGCAUCUGAUGAACUGACUUACCCAGGUUACAGACCACUUCCAAAGCAACACUCUUAUUCAGCACAAAGCUUCAUGCAAGAUCCUAGUAUUCACAAGAAAAUCCUUAUGUCUUCACCACCAUCACAGAUCACACAUAAUCAGCUCCCGACUUCUGUACAGUCAAACCAAGCUACAGCAGUAUAUCAGUAUGCUGUACAAAGCAGCGCAAGGCCCCCUCCUGCUUACAACUGUAGAUAUGGAAGCCAGCCCUUGCAAAAUGCACAGCAUGUUACCAAACGCUUGUCCGUGGAAGCUCUUCAGAGUCCAGAGAUACAUUCUUCUGAAGUAAAGAAAGACUUCUUCCCAGGCUUUCAGCAGCAGUGGCAAAGCACUAAUGAAAAUGUCAUACCAUUUGGAAAUUUCUGUGAUGUAAAAGAUGCCAGUGUCAAACACCCAUUUAUUGAACCAGCUAGAUCUGUGGAUGGUGUUCAGACUCUUUCUCAAAAUAAUCAAGAGAAAAAAAUUGAUUCUUACAAUCCAACUUCAAAUCAAGGGCCAGACCCAGCUGUUACAAAAGAAAAGCUAGCGAGAGAUAUUAAAUCAUUAAUAGAAAUGAAAAAGAAGUUUUCAGAACUUGCAAGGAAAAUUAAAAUUAAUAAAGAUCUCUUGAUGGCUGCAGGUUGUAAACCAAGUAAUAGUUUAUCCAGUGAGCCAGCUCAGCAUCCUGAAUUCGCAGUAAAAGAAAUAGCUCCUAAAGGUCACUGUUCCACAGAAUUGGUAAAAACUUGUCUUAAUCUUUGGAAAAAUCAGCCCUCAAAAAUGACAGAAGAAAAGGCUUCAAAAUCUGCAGAGGAAAAACAGGUUAAUGAGUCACUGACAAACACAUCAGCUGGAAUUUCAAAACCUCUGGAAGUUCCCAUCCAGAAUCCUUGUUCAGUUGAGAGAAAUCUUCAGAGCAAAACGGUAAAUGUGUUGCAAGAAGCAGCUUUGUCCAUGCUAGUCCAAAAUUAUGAGCCUUCCUGUGCAAAUGUAACAAAGGGAACAGAACUCCAGAUUGCUGUAGUGUCACCUUUAAUUCUUUCAAAUGUCAUUAAAGAAAUAACACCUGGAGCACUACCUGAAACGGUGUAUCCUAUUAUUAAAGAAGGGAGCAUUUGUAGCUUACAAAAUCAGCAGGCAGAAAAUGCAGCAGUAACUACUGCUUUGAAAGUUGAUGUUAUCAAGCCAGUGAUGAGUUCUACAACAUCAGCCAAGGUUUUCCCUCUAAUUCAGAAGGAAAAGCAAAAUGAGCCAAAUAAUGGUAAUGCACAAAACACACCCAGUAUCCAUGAAGAACAGCAUUGUCAAAUGAAUGGUCCACAAUCCUCUUCUAAAUCAAAGGACAGAACUCUUGUGGCUGGUGAUUUAUUACAGAUUGAAGAUAUUUGCUCUCUUGUUGAAGGGGAUGUAUCUUACAAUUCCAAGAUUGCAAAGAUGUUCAACUCUUCCCCUUUGGAAAAGGUUGAGCCACAGAAAUUUUCUCUACCCAAUGAACAAGUAAUUAGUACUGGACACCAAGAAGAACAAGUAGAACAAGCCUCUGAAAGUAAAGACAUGGGUCUUCAGAAUGAUGAAUGUAUAAGGUGCACAGACUUCCCAUGUGAAAUAGACACUGUAAGGAGGGAAGAACCACCCAAGCUUGUGGGAACAUCAUCUUCCGAUCCUGUUGAACCAGGAAUUCUACCGGAGAGCAAUUUGGAGAAAACCACUAAAAAUGAGGGCAUGGCCAAGAAUACUUGUUGCUCACCAGCUGCUGUUCUUCAGGAUUUUAACUCUGGGGACAUUGACACCUCUGGCAAUGACACUGCCCGAGGCCCUACAGCAAGUGAGAUUCCUAAUGAUAACACAUCUGUCUUGUACCUACAUGACCAGCUGUCAGAACUUUUAAAGGAGUUCCCUUAUGGCAUUGAUGAUCUGAACACAUAUAAGAGUUUUGUGAACCAAAAGAAGAUGGGACAGAUCCCAGAAGAUCAAACUGGUGGUAAAAUCAGUUGUGACUCUAAGGGACCUUCAGACCAAAUAAAAAUUACAAUUCUAAGCUCAGAACAAAUGAAAGAACUAUUUCCUGAACAGGAUGAACCCAGUGAAGGAGACAGACCACCACCUCCUAAGGUGGACAAGUUGGCAGAACCUCAGAAAGAAAAGCACAUUGCAGAAGUUGGGAGUCAAUGUGACCCACAAAAACAGGAGGAAGGAGAAAGUCCAGAUUCUGUAGGGGACACAGAAAAAAUCCAUUGCUGUGCAUUGGGCUGGCUUGCAAUGAUUUAUGAAGGGGUCCCCAAAUGUCGGUGUAAUGCUGUGGAGGAGGAUAAGAGGGAGGAGCAGUCAGCUCCAGUGGAAAGCAGUGGUUGUAAACAAGGACCAAAAACCUCUGAUGCAGAUGUCACUGUUAAACUUGAUGGUGUUUUGGAUAAGCCAAAGACACCUCUGACUGCAGCAGCUGAGAAAACACAUUUGCCUAAAAUACAUGGCAACAACAUAAAAGAUGCAUCUAAAACCAGAAAAGACAGUGCAAAAAGGAGGAGACAGGAGCCACCUGGUGAGGUUCCACCUAAAUGGAAAAGCAGCGAUAAGAAAGAUACUUCCGAAACAAAGCAAGGAGCCUCAGCAAAUACGGGACAAGCAGUAACUGGCCAGUUUUCAUCUAAGUGUGAUGAACCAGACCCCUUGCAAAGAAAUAAGAAAGUAAAGCUGAAAUUUCAUGAGGUAAAAUUCCAAUCUGGUGAUAAAAUGACACUUUCUGACCAGACUUCUCAGGAGGGUCUACAGAAGAAACACGCAUCACAGAACUCAUACCCACUAACCCCCAAAACAAGUCUUUUCCCAAAUACAGGUCUGCAUAGGGAGAAUGACUCUUUUGUACAGUCCUCAUCUCAAGAAAAGAAAAAAUUGAAAUUCAAAGAAAGCAGCCCCCAAGAAGGACAUUUGGAAAAAAGGAAGAUAGACCAAGGGGAAAGACCAGGUUUGGAGAUAAAAAAGAAGAAAUGUGAUGAACAAGAACAAAAUAAAAAUGCAGGAGUUACAUGCAAAUUAUGUAAUACUUUGCCAAACCCAAAUGAAAAAGCCAUUGCUAAAGAAAAUUCAACAUCAAAUGCAAAGUCCUUGGACAUCAAGGACACAAGGGUUACAGCCACUGUUAGAGAAAAGACAGCAUCACAGAUGAAGUCUGCAGACUCCAAAGACAUAAGUGAAAGAGCCAGUGUUAAAGAUAAGGCAGUAUCACUGGCAAAGUCCUCAGACAUCCAGGAUGGUUCAUGUAAGCUUAAGAAAGUGAUCACACUGCAGGAAUACUUCCAGAGGAAGAAGCAAAAAGAGGUGAUGGCUAAAACAGCCAUGAAAACCUGCUUGGAAAAUGUCUCGGGCAAUUCUGCAUCCUCGGGCUUCGCUCAACUUCAUGCACAACCAGAGAGUUGCAGGAAAUCAAAUGGUAAAGGUGGCAGCAGCAUAGAGACCUCGAAAGACUCCUCAAAUGUGUAUACUAACUGUGGUAAAAACCUUAAGGCCCACCCUCCUGAGGAGUCUAAGACAUGCAGCCUUUCAAGGCCUGUCGAAGGAAGAGCUGAUGCAAAGCAGCUGAUUAAAACCAAAUUAGACAAAACACUAAGCAACGUAAGCAAUGAAGUGUCUUCCCAAGUGAAGGAGCAAAGGAAGUCUUACCUGAACCGCCUGAGCUUCAGAUGCACAGAACGAGAGAGUAUCUGUCUCACCACACUCAAUAGCUCCCCUGCAAAGCUUGGGAAAGACAAGAAGAGCUCCGAACAUAAGCCCAAGGCCUCUUUCCCAGGGAAAGACUCCAGUGUAAAACCAAGCAUGCUGGAGUUUAAAUUAUGCCCGGAUGUACUGUUGAAGAAUACAAACUCUGUUGAAGACAAGUAUGAUCUCAAGGCUCAUCCUGAGGAGCAGGCCACCGCACAAGUUUCAGGAAUAAAAUGUUCAAGAAAAGACUGGAUAAAAUGUGUAACUGAGAAGAAAGUGAUGCAGGAAGCCAACCAAGAAAUAGGUGUUAAUUUAAGACUGCUACAGAGAAGUACCAGUGCAGAUGGACAAGAAGUGCAGCAGAACCAGAUGAAAGACUCCCGGGCCAUGUUUCAGACCUACAAGCAGCUGUACCUGCAGAAGCACGGCAGGAGCCUGGGCAGCAGCCCCAUCCAGUAACCUGGUACUCGCUUUCCUUGCCACUCUGGGACUUCUUGUCAUUUCCUCCCCAGAGUCACUUGCUGGAAAUAACUCAAGAUUGCUGGUAAAGAACCCCUGAGACUGGUUACCAUUAGGUUAUGUAUUUUGUGGUUCCUGUUUUAUAAAAAUUGCUUGACAGGGCCAGGGAUUUAGCUCAGUGGUUCCACCGCCCGCCUUGCAAGCACAUCCUGAGUUCAAUCCCCGGUACCAAAAAAAGAAAAAAGAAAAAAUUGCUAGACAGCUGUCUGGGUUGGCACAUGUAAGAAAUGGAUAGUGUUUGUCAGGCUAUAAGGUAUUUGAUCUUAUAUAUUAUAAAGCACAUUUACAAUUAUUUUCACAAGACUUGUGCACAUCAUAUUUGAAAAUGCUGACUGCCCAUUGGAGUGUACUGCUCCUCAUUUGAGGGCUUGUUUAUUUAACUGAGUUUGUAAAUAUAUUUUUAUUUCUAAACAACAUCAGUAAAAUGUAUUUUUUCAGACAUAUCCACUGUGAAUAUCAAAGUAUAUUCUUAAGUAUUUUGUACCUAAUUAUAAGUUUUUUUUCAGAAGUCUUGUUUUAUACUUGUUAAACUGAACACAAUUUUUGGAUAAUAUCUUAACAUUACUUUUCAUAUUUUAAAUAAACAUUUAUUUUUUG